GCGGGCCAGGUGCCGACUACGAGUCCCAGAAUGCCGGCAAGGCCCGGGGAGGGACGGGGAGGAGCCCCCCCCCUCCGGCCGCCCCACCCGCCAACUGCUUCCUGGAAGCCGGGCAUGGGAGGGGCGCCUUUCUGCUCCAGCUGGCGGGCGACCAACCCCCGCCCGCCAGCCCGAGGAGAGCCGACCCAGGGGUCCCCGAAUCAGGGCGCCGGGACACGCCUGGCCGGGAACGUGGGGGGCCGCCGGGGGCCCCGGGGCUGGAGAUCUCCAAGUUCUGCUUUGUCAGCGAGGAGGACUCCACCGAGUACCUGCGAGACCACAACGUGGGGCUAUUUCUGUCCGCCGACAGGACCGACGUGUGCAACGCGCUGAAGAGGGGGGUGCCGGCCGCCCUCAUCUUCCAGCAGGAGGUCCAGGCCCCCAGCACGCAGCUCCGCCUGGCCUUCGACGGAGACGCCGUGCUCUUCUCGGACGAGACCGACCGGGUGUUCCAGGAGCAGGGCCUGCAGGGCGCCCUGCGCUACGAGAGAGCCAUGGAGGCCGUGCCCAUCGGCGAGGGGCCCAUGAAAGCCUUCGCCAUGCAGCUCGGCCACCUCCGGGACAAGUUCGGCCCUGAUGACUCCCCGGUGUGCACCUACCUGGUGACGGCCCGCAGCGAGGGCGACAUGAGCCUGCGGGCCCUGAACACCCUGCGGGCCUGGGGGCUGCGCCUGGACCAGGUCUUCUUCAUGGACGGGGCCCCCAAGGGGCCCACCCUGGCCCGGAUCCGGCCCCACAUCUUCUUCGACGACUCCAUGCACAACAUCCAGGGUGCUCAGGAUGCCAGCGUCCCCUCGGCCCUGGUGCCCUGCGGCUGCUGAGGCCCCUGCCUCUGCCGUGGCCCCCUGCUCCUGCUCCUGCCCCUGCC